AUGUCUGUCAGGUCUGAAGGCCGGUACUGCUACACGAGGGAGGCGGACGGCUUUCAACAGUACGAGUACCCGGCUGUUGAUACAACCGACAUGGAUAUAUGUACCACGCCACCACACGAACCCAAGGAGGACAGUUGGCGCGCCACCCCUCCCCCGCCCGGCACUGAUGACGCCGAACAAACAAUCAAAGAUACGACAUCAAAGAAGGAGAUCGGAGAUGAGCUACAGUCCUUCUACAACGACAUCGCUGAAAUAGAGAAGAGUUCAGGCACUGAGCCGAAUUCACCCGAACAUCCGCUACCUCCGCCCCCGCCUGAGAUAAGUGAUGCUGUGAGAGAGAUGAGGGAGAUGAAGGAGAUGAGGGAGAUGAGAGAGAUGAGCAGGGAGAAGGACGUGCGCCUCAACAAGAAGAAGUCCAAGGUGAAACUGUCAACAUCUAUCGGUAUGAAACACAAGUCAGUAUCUAACUUGGUCGCCAAGUGGCAACAAGUGGCUGAAGAAAUAAACUCAGACUGA